AGUCUUCGCCCAGCGUUGGAGGGAGGAAGAGCUGGAGACGCUCGCGAGCUGUGAAAAUUCAUGAAUGAGUUCAAGCUUAGUGAGUGUAUUAUCAUCACAUGAACACUAGCAAGAAAGGAAGUUGCUAAGAUUACCAACAUGGCUACCGCAUCUAAAGGAAAUAUUAUUUCGCGAAUCAAUUUUUGCAUAGUAAAUGGACUUGAAAAAGCAUUUUACAAUUAUGGUGUUCUUAUUGCUCGUCAUCCUGCAGUAUUCAUGUGUAUAUGCUUGAGUUUGACUGCAGUAUGCUCCAUUGGUCUCAUGAAAUUUAGGGUGGAAGAACGACCCUUUAAAUUAUGGAUUCCACAAGACUCAGACUUUAUCAAAGUAAUGGAGUGGCAAAAGGAUAAUUUCCCAGCACAUUUUCGAAUACAAAUGGCAGUUUAUGAAGCAGAAAAUGUGUUACAUAAAGAUGUCCUUCUGGAGAUGCUAAGAGUCCAUGAAGCUGUUGUGAACACAUCAACAGAAGAUGCAACUUGGCAGUCCGUGUGUGCCAAGAUGCCAACUAUAACAGAAAAUUGGUUUGGCAGAAAGAGAAAAAGAAGGAGUCUCAGGAAGGAGAAUAUUUCUGGUGUUGAAACUGUUCCUGUAAUAUCUUCAAGAGCUAAACGAGAAGACAGUGGACUGUUUGAUUGGAGUACCUUUUUAGGUAGAGAUACUUACUGUGGUUUUCUUGACAGCAUACCUCUUGAAUGCAUGGAGCAUAGCAUUCUCGAGAUCUGGGGAUAUGAUCGUGAUUUAUUAACUGAUCUUACCCAGGAGGAGAUAAUUUAUGAUGUUAAUAAUGUAGACACAAGUGCUGUGUUUGGUUUUCCAGUCAAUUUCUCUCAGUAUCUUGGAGGAGUAGAAUUUGAUGCCUCAGGCCAGAUUAUCAAGGCAAGAGCUUCUAGGCAGACCUGGAUCACAGAAGUUAACAUGACUGCUAUACAAGCUGGAGAUUUUGUAGAUGAUACAGGAACUGGUACAGAGGUAGAUACUGAAAGUUUCCAGUGGGAGAAGGAGCUGGUAAUGGUUGUUUUGGACGAAACAGAGAGACCAAAGAAUAUAUCUUUGUACUUUAUGGCAUCGGCAAGUUUUGGAAUGAUUGCUGGAGAUACAAUCAUAGGAGAUGUGCAGUACUUAGCUGUUGGCUUUGGUGUAGUCUUUAUAUAUGUCCAAAUAAUGCUUGGGAAAUUUAACUUUGUGGAACAGAGACCUUUACUCUCUUUAAUGGGUUUAAACUGUGUAGGAAUGUCUGUGUUUAUGUCCUAUGGCAUUUGUUCAGCAUUUGAUGUCCCAUUUGGCCCAGUUAAUAAUGUGCUGCCCUUCCUUCUCCUUGGCCUUGGAAUUGAUGAUAUGUUUGUCAUCAUGCAAGCUUGGAAUAAUCUCACACCAAAGGAGAAAAAGAAAGAGUUACCUGAAAGAAUAGGGCUUGCUCUCAAGCAUGCUGGUGUUUCCAUCACAGUUACAUCAGUAACUGAUUUUGCAGCAUUUGCCAUUGGCAGUGGGACAGUUUUGCCAGCACUUAGAUCCUUUUGUAUUUUUGCUGCAGUAGGUAUUGCUGCUGUCUAUUUCUUUCAGGCUACAUUUUUUGUUGCCUGGUUUUCUCUUGAUCAGAAGCGAUUGGAAGACAAUCGACAUGGGCUUAUCUGGUGUUGGAAAUUACAGAAUUGGUCUCCUAAUAAGUGCAGUCAAAGGGAUCUCUGUCAGACAUUCUUUAGUGAUGUAUAUGCCAAGUACCUCUUGAAACUGCCUUGCAAGGUGUUGGUACUUUUUGUAACUUUUGCCCUCUUGGCAGUUUCUGGAUGGGGCCUGUCAAACUUGCGCCAGGAGUUUAAUCCAGUUUGGUUCCUUCCUCAGAAUUCUUAUCUCUUCAAGUUUUUAAUGAAGCAGGAGUAUUACUACCCAACUUCAGGUGAACUUGGUACAAUAUACUUUGGUCAUAUGAACUACUUGGAGGAACUGCCCAAAAUUGAUAAAUUGAUGAUUGCAAUGCAGGAGAAUGAAGACAUAAGUGAAAUAGAUAGUUGGUAUUUGAGUUAUAAGAAAUACUGGGAAAAGCAAGGUUAUGAAGUGCCAGACCCAGAGGAAACCCAAGAGGAAUUUUUAGAUCAGUUGUCAAUGUUUUUACAUUCCCCAAGUGGAUCAAAAUAUCAAGCAAAGAACUUCAACUUUGAUGGUAAAGUGAACUGUACUGAUCCAGCUCCACCUAUUUUAGCUUCUAGCAUAGACUUCAAGCAUCGACCAUUGUCUCUCUCUCGAGAAAAAAUCAAAGCCAUGGAUGAUUUGAAGGCUAUUGUUAAUAGUAUGAAUUUUAGUGGAUUUGUAGAACCAUAUUCAAGAAUUUACAGUGGAUGGGAAACUGAUAAAAUUAUUGAAAAAGAGCUGUACCAGAAUAUGGGACUUGCUAUGGCUGUAGUGUUCCUUGUGACACUUAUUCUAAUUGCCAACCUUGUAACUAGUUUGAUGGUGCUUCUUUGUGUGAUAAUGACUUUGAUUGAUGUAGGAGCAUUAAUGCAUUGGUGGGGCCUCACUAUCGACACAGUGUCUUGUAUUGACAUUGUGUUAGCAAUUGGACUAUGUGUAGACUAUGCUGCACAUAUUGGCCAUACAUUUAUGACUCAGACUGGCACAAGGGAUGAACGAGCUAGACUCACCGUAGCCAAAAUUGGACCAGCUGUUCUGAAUGGAGGCUUCAGCACUUUCCUGGCAUUCGUAUUCUUAGCAAACUCAGAUUCUCACGUUUUCAUGACAUUUUUCAAGAUAUUUUUUGCCGUUGUUUUGUAUGGACUCCUUCAUGGUCUUGUAUUUUUGCCUGUUCUAUUAUCCCUUAUUGGGCCAGCUUCCUAUCCCAAAGAAAAGGAUGAUGAAGAGCCAGCAGAUGGUGAAGAGUCGUGUCCAUUCACCCCCCAGAGGAAAUCUGAAGAAAAAAAUGAAGAGCAAGACCAUUCCACUAAUUUGUUAGACAAUGAUACAGAUCUGAAGAAUGACCCAAAGAGUGGUAAGUGCCAAGAAACAGUAAGUCUAAGAAUGUCAGAGAAUAGCAAUGACAAAAGUAGUCUUUGUGUGGGGGAGCCAAGUGUACAAAUAGUGUGUAGUCGUACUUAGUGUGAUCUUUCCUUAUUAUUGUUAUUAAUGCAGAUAGCGCCUGUACAUAUCUGUAUGCUUGAAUUGAUAAAGUCAUUAAAGCCUUGUCUGUCUGUUUUUUUUUUCUUUCUUUCUUUUAUUUUAUUUAUUUUAUUUUUUUCUUUCUUUUUUCUUUCUUUUUUCUUUUUCUUUUUUCCUUUUCUUUUUC